AUGGGCCUAUUGAUCAGCUUUAUGCAAUCAUUCUCGAAGCUUGGCGGGACCCCGCGGGAGGCAAAAGUAUUGUUUUGCGGCCUAUAUGGCGCCGGCAAGACCACUUUACUUUAUAAAAUGAAGCUGGGAAUGGUCGUGGAAACGAUUCCGACUACAGGCUUCAUCGUCGAGACCGUGGAGUACAAGCAGCUUUCGUUGACGUGCUGGGACAUCGGGACCCCCCUCUGGAGGCACUAUUUGGAAAAACCGGAUGCUGUGAUUUUUGUGGUGGAUUCGGUCGAUAAAUUGCGGUUGAAAGAAGCGGCGGAAAAAUUAGCGAGUCUACUCACCGAAGACUUGCUCAGAAAUACCAUCUUCUUGUUGCUGGCAAAUAAACAGGAUCUUCCCAAUGCUCUGACUGCCGAGGAAUUGGCUGAGGAACUUGGAAUGAAAAAGAAUCAGACUCACAAAUGGCACAUUCAAGCAACUUCUGCACAUACGGGCGAAGGAAUCUAUGAAGGGUUGGACUGGAUCGAGCUGAAUCUCCCAUCAGAACAAGAAGCA